AUGGACAGGCUGGGUGGAGAGAGGCUGGCCGCGUGCUCCCUCCUCCGGCUGCAGCUGCUGCUGGUGCUGGGCGCGUGGUGGGCGCGGGCGAGCGCCCCGCGUUGCAGCUACACCUUCGUGCUGCCCGCCCACAAGUUCACGGGCGCCGUGUGCUGGAGCGGAGGCCCCGGCCUCGCGCGCCCCGCGUCCCAGGCCGCCAACGCCAGCGAGGUGGCCGCCCUGCGCGUGCGCGUGGGGCGCCACGAAGAGCAGCUGCGCGAGCUGCAGCGAUUGGCCGCCGCCGACGGCGCCGUCGCCAGCGAGGUGCGCGCGCUGCGCAAGGAGAGCCGCGGCCUGAGCGCGCGCCUGGGCCAGCUGCGCGCGCAGCUGCAGCACGAAGCGGAGCCGGGGGCGGCGCCUACUGAGCCGGGGGCGGAGCCUGCCGCCGCGUUGGAGCUGCUCGGGGAGCGCGUGCUCAAUGCCUCAGCCGAGGCGCAGCAGGCUGCCGCCCGCUUCCACCAGCUGGAUGCCAGGUUCCGGGAGCUGGCACAGCUGGUGAGCCGGCAGAGCGGCCUCAUCGCCCGCCUGGAGCGCCUGUGUCCCGGGGGCGCGGCCGGGCAGCAGCAGGUCCUGCCGCCACCCCUGGUGCCUGUGGUACCCCUGAGUCUGGUGGGUAGUACUAACAACCCCAUUAGGAGAGAAGACACCCUAGCCUCUCCCAUGCCAGCAGGGCACCCUGCUGCCCCCACCAAGCCAGCAGGCCCCUGGCGUGAUUGUGCAGAAGCCUAUAAGGCCGGCCACAGGCAGAGCAGGGUGUAUGAGCUGCGGCUGGGCCGCCACGUGUUCGCAGCCUGGUGCGAGCAACUGCUGGAGGGCGGAGGCUGGACCGUGAUCCAGCGGAGGCAAGAUGGCUCUGUCAACUUCUUCACCACCUGGCAGCACUACAAGGUGGGCUUCGGGCGGCCUGAUGGAGAAUACUGGCUGGGCCUUGAACCCGUGCAUCAGCUGACCAGCCGUGGGGACCACGAGCUCCUGGUGCUGCUGGAGGAUUGGGGGGGACGCGCAGCUCGUGCCCGUUACGACAGCUUCUCCCUGGAACCGGAGAGCGACCACUACCGCCUGCGGCUGGGCCAGUACCGGGGAGACGCUGGAGACUCUCUCUCCUGGCACAGCGACAAACCCUUCAGCACCGUUGAUAGGGACCGGGACUCCUAUUCUGGUAACUGUGCCCUUUACCAGCGUGGUGGCUGGUGGUACCACGCAUGUGCUCACUCCAACCUCAACGGCGUGUGGUACCAGGGUGGUCACUACCGGAGCCGCUACCAGGACGGGGUGUACUGGGCCGAGUUCCGAGGCGGGGCGUACUCUCUCAAGAAGGCUGCUAUGCUUAUCCGGCCAGUGAGGCUGUGAUCAUCUGCUGGGGGUGGGGGGGGACCUAAAUCCUGAUCAAGCUGGCCACAUUUCCUUUUGUGAGUAAGAAAAAAAAAAAGGAAAAGGAAAAAAAAACCCAAGGGGGGUGGGGAGCCAGGCACACCCCUCCCCCACACCACCACUUUGUUAGGCUCAGAAGGUCCCCAUGGGGGUUUGAGCACAGAUUUUAUAACAA